GUCCUCCCACGAAUCGUCGAAUGAAUUCGACAUCGCUUCCAGGCAAACCGCAAAAGGAAGAAGACGCCACAUGAAACCGAGGCUUUUACGGUCAAAUUCCAUUUUGUACGUGGUGCUGGGCGUGCCUGAGCCUAUACCAACUGUCUUUGGGCGGGAUGCUGUCGACGUCGUUUUGGAAUGUGGGAGAAAACCGGAGUACCCAGAGAAAACCCAUGCAGGCAUGCGAGAACAUGCUAACUCCACACACUAUUUGAACCGGUGUCUUUGGAACUGUGAUGAAGAUGUGCCAACCAGUUGCCAUCAUGGGUUUAAAGAUUUAUUCUCGUGGUUCUAGUCCCAAUUAACCACAAAAAACAAGGGAUUACUGUAUUACCCCUUCAACUAGGAGAUGAACCACAUAAAUCAAGGGUUGCUGCAAAUUGGAUAGCUAAAGUCAAGUCAAUAACCCAUUGGAUCCCACGCUAAUCAAGCAUGUUUAUGGAUUAUGUAAUCAUUACGAACUGUUGCGAGAGAUUCGGCACCUCCUGUUACCAUGGUUAUGUUGGCUGGAAACCAGUUCAGGCUGUAUCCUGCCUCCUGCCCAAUGACAGCCGGGAUAGGCUCCAGCACUCCUGCGAACCUCGUGAGGAUAAGCGGCUCAGAAUAUGGAUGGAAAAUGGAAAAAAAAAGUGGAUCCCGUUUGCCAAGUGAAAGCCUGCCAGCGUAAACAACGAAAAUGCCACUCACCAACGUUUGCGUGACUUCUCGUUAAAUUCAACGCUCCACUAAACAGCGACACUGAAAAGCCUCGUCUGGGGCAUUUUGCACCAGAAUUAUCGGCAAAGGUACUUCCAAGCAACAAGGUUGCCAUGGCCACUGCAUGAUGGGGUAACAACGUGACAGAUGCGGUUGCUGCAAAAUGACACGUUUGAGUCCCAGACGAUAUUUGGUUGGAGUGGCGACCGCUAUUUAUGUGCUGUUAUCAUUUAUAUUACAAGUACCAUGAUUAAUAUAGCUAUAUUUAUAUGUAUAUAUUCACCCAUCCAUUUUCUUACCCGCUUAUCCUCACAAGGGUCGCGGGAGUGCUGGAGGCUAUCCCGGCUGUCAAUGGGCAGGAGGCGGGGUACAGCCUGACCUGGUCGCCAGACAAUCGCAGAGCACAUUCAGACAAACAGCCCCACCCACAAUCACACCUUGAGGCAAUUUACAGUGUCUAAUUAAUGUUGCACGUUUUAUGGGAUGUGGGAGGAAACCGGAGUGCUCACCCGGAGAAAAGCCACCCAGGCACGGGGAGAACGUGCAAACUCCACACAGUGAGGGCUGGGAUUGAACCCGAGUCCUCAGACCUGUGAGACCAACACUUUACAGUUGUUCCACCGUUCCGUCUAUCUAUCUAUCUAUCUCUAUCUAUCUAUCUCUAUCUAUCUAUCUAUCUAUCUAUCUAUCAUGUAAUUAUUUUGUUUUUUUUUUUUACUCUGUAGUGUGUGACUAUGUAUUGGUUUUAUGUCCUAAAUGUAUAUUUUGUCGUAGUCGAGUGGCUCCAACUACCAAUGACAAAUUCCCUCUGUGUGUUUUAUGUAUUUGGCAAAAGCGAAGUACUGCAUGUGAUGCUUUUACAAAUAUAAAAACGUCUCUAUCUCCCUCUGCUGGUAAGUAAGAUGAAAAUAAUGUGCGAAAAAUGGCUUCUUUUAAAUAAAAGACUCGCGCGUGUGCAGGUGUGUAUGUGUACACAUAUGUAGACACAUUUAUAGUGUAGCGAAUGUCUGAUAUUGACUAUAUAUAUAUAUUUUGGCAAAUGGCUGUUUCAAUUUGAACUACACUGCCACUUCCUGCUUUGUUUUGAAGGCCAUAGCUCGAGUUCCGGUAUGUCGCUUGCUUCGCGAGGUCGAGCUUGAUGGCGCCUCCUCCAGUCAGAAGAGAAAUAAAGUUGAGCGAGGAGGAGGUCGACGCAAAAAAAGGCGCACGUCCGUCAUGAAGUUACGCUGAAAGUGUUCUCAAGUGUCCUGAGCGAGGCGACUUCACCCCGAGGAAUUUAUAUUUUUCCAAGCCGGUGAUCGGAGGGGAUGAUGACGUCCGACGCCAGCGAGAUGUUGGCGGCCGCCUUGGAGCAAAUGGACGGGAUCAUCGCAGGUUCCAAGGCCAUGGACUACUCCAACGGACUGUUCGACUGCCAGUCGCCCACGUCGCCGUUCCUGGGCGGCCUGCGGGUGCUGCACCUGCUGGAGGACCUGCGGGCGGCUCUGGAGCUCAUGGACAACGCAGAGCGGGACGACCUCCGCUGCCAGAUCCCCGACUCCACCGCCGAGGGCUUGGCUGAGUGGCUGCAGGGACAAAUAACAAAUGGCCACAGCUCGGAGGCGGUCUACCAAGAGCGUUUGACCAGACUGGAGAGUGACAAAGAGUGUCUAAUCCUUCAGGUCAGUGUCCUGACUGACCAGGUGGAUGUUCAAGGGGAGAAGAUCCGAGACCUGGACAAGUGCCUGGAGCUUCACAGGGAGAAGCUCUGCGCCGCUGAGGAGCUGCUGCAGAAGGAGUUGCUGACCCGCUCAGCGCUGGAGACCCAAAAGCUGGAGCUGAUGACAGAGUUGUCGGGUCUGAAGCUGAAGCUGAGCACAGUGGAGAGGGAUCACAGAGAUAGUGAGGACUUUUGCCAGGAAGUAAGCGAGCUGCGUUUGCGCGUGGCUGACAUGGAAAGUGAGCAUCUGCAGUGUGACAGGAAAACCAAAGCUUGCAAAGAAGAGCUGCAGCUGCUGCAGCGGGAGUUGGGGGAACGAGAGGCGGAACUCAGGAGGUUGAAGGACGAGAGCAGACUGAGGGCAACGGAGGCGGGAGGGAGAGAUGCUGAAAUGUCCGAGAUGAAGACGCUGUUGGACUCGCUUAUGUCGUCCAACGAUGAGAAGGAGCGACGGAUCAAAGACUUGGAGAGCUCACAAGUUCUGGAGGAAAUCAAAGCGAGUCCAAAGGACGACGACUACGCCGACAUCCCCGAUAAUCGCUCGUUUCCUGCCACCCGCGAAGUCAGCCUGGCGUUGGAGGGUGAGACAGGAAGGAUCUCCAUGGAGGCGAGUCCAGACAUUGCCAAGCGGGAUGAGGUGAAGAAAAUUGAUGGAGAGCGACAGCUGCAGGCGGUUGACAGAGCCUCUGAGGUGGCUGCAAGCAACACCAACCCUGAGCAGGCAAAAAGAAAAUGUGGAUCUUUGGCAAGGGAAGACACUUUUGGGGCCAAGAGCAUCCGAGCGUCCUUCGGUCGAGGGUUUUUCAAACUGCGAGGAGGCAAAGCCGCAAGCAGCACGCCAAGCCUUGCCGAGACAGAAGGCAAAGUCCCGGAACACCUGGACUUGGCCGGCUCUGCUUUUCCCUCGGCACCGCAGAGCAAGAAAAAGUCCAAAGGCUUAAGGAAGUUUUUGGGCAGGCUGAAGAGGAGCCACUCCACAUCCUUGACCCCGGACGACAAGGCCGAGUUUCGGCGCGGCGGCGUCCGGGCCACGGCCGGGCCUCGCCUGGGCUGGUCCUCAUCUCCGGUCGGCGCCGCGGACGUCCCCUUUUCACGUUGGACCCGCGAAGACGUGUGCGAGUGGCUCCACGAACAAGGCCUGGGCUUGUACGCGGAACCGGGUCACAACUGGAUCCAGUCAGGGCAGAGCCUGCUGCAGGCCUCCCAGCACGACUUGGAGAAGGAGCUGGGCAUGAAGCACCCUCUGCACAGGAAGAAGCUCCAGCUGGCCCUUCAGUCUCUCCAGUCACAUGACGACCUCCUCAAAGGCAAACUGGACCACAACUGGGUCACACGUUGGCUGGACGACGUGGGCCUGCCGCAGUACAAGAGUCACUUUGAGGAGGCUCGAGUGGACGCGCGCAUGCUACACUACAUGACCGUGGAGGAUCUCUUGUCCCUGAAGGUGGGCAGCGUGCUCCACCACCUCAGCGUCAAGCGGGCCGUGCAGGUCCUGCGCCUCAACUCCUUCCAGGCCGACUGUCUCCGGCGCCGCCCCACCGACGAGAAGCACGCGGGACCGGCCGACGUGAUCCAGUGGAGCAACCACCGAGUGAUGGAGUGGCUGCGCUCCGUCGACCUGGCCGAGUACGCGCCCAACCUCAGAGGCAGCGGUGUGCACGGAGGACUCAUGGUUCUGGAGCCGCGCUUCACGGUGGACGCGUUGGCUCUUCUCCUCAACAUCCCGGCGGGGAAAACGCUGCUGCGGCGCCACCUGGCAACGCACUUCCACUUGCUGGUGGGAGCGAACGCGCAGAGGCUCAAGCAGGAAUGUCUGGAAAAUCCCGACUACAUCGUGCUGACGGCCGCGGCCAAGGUCAAGCCGAGACGUCUGUCGUUCGGCGGCUUUGGAACGCUCCGGAAAAAACGUCACGGCGAUGGCAACGACUACGUGUGCCCCAUGGACGUGGGCGAGCCGCCCAGCCGGGACCACGAGGACCACCCGGAGCAGCUCGAGCAGAUGGACGACUCCGACGGCGCCGUCAGGCAGAUCGGAGCCUUUUCCCAAGGAAUCAAUAAUCUGACGCUGCCAGUGUUGCCCAAACUACCUCAUCAAGUACAAAGACCUGCAUACAAUCACCGAGAUCUGAAGGCUGUCAAAUCCCAGAUAGCAUGUGAGGAUUUGGGCCCCAACACCUGCUGCUGAUCCCCCCGCGCAGACGAACAUAACGAGCGCCAUUCGAAACAAGAAUCAGCCAAAACAUCACAGAAUCUCCCCGUCUCACCUGUACGACCAGCGACUGUAGAGUGGCUGCGACGCCAUCCUGGUUUCAAACUACGCUCAUUCCGGCGCGAGCCAACUGCUCGCUAAGUCAGGCGGGUGAGCGAAUGGCUGCGAGGUGGAGUAGGAGCGUAUCGUUGCCAUGACAUCCACGCGAUACACCGGGAUUAGUUGCAAGUCGAGGUGCGCUCAGGGAGGAACAUUUGACUUCCUGACCAUGUUCUCCAACUUUUUGAGCAAAUAUCUUCAUUUUUAGCUGUUUAUUACAGCCAACGGUGUGGCUCUGUCACAAAAACUCACCUAUAAGAUUUUCCCGCAUCUAAAUCUCGUUGCUAGGAGACCAACAUCCAUCCUUUCGUGUGAAAGCCGACAACCCCGAGUGCUCGGUUUGCGUGUUUUGUCCGCAGAGGCGACGAUAAAGUGACACGGAAGUCCGCUGAUGAGGAGCGAGGGGAUUUGUGGGUCUCCCCGGCGGGAGUAAUUGCGCGGUAAUAACAACGUGCGCCGCUUGUAUACAUUGUAAACAUGUCAAAGCAAACGGCAACAACCGGCUGAAACAAAAUCUGAAUGCAAGGGGAGGAAAUGCUCCCGUGAAAUUGUGGGUGGCCAUAUUUUAAACAUGAACGAGUUGCAGCCUUUCCCAGUUAACUCCGGUCGCCGCACGGAUAUUGACAAAAAUAAUGAACCCAACGUGCGUGGAUUCGAAUGUUGGGGACGCCAUUGCGCGAGAGAAACACGCAAACGCCGCGUCGGAUUCAAACCCGGAACCUCACCACCGCAGGGCAGACGUGCUCCUCCACACUUCGGCCUCGCUCAGAGUCUGCAUUGUCGACAAAAUAUUGAUAAGAGGAGAAGGGAAGAAACGUAGAUGAUGCCCUUUUCCAGCUUUUAGCCAUGCCCUGUCAUCAUUGCAUCGUCAAAAAGGGACAAUUGACAAUAAUAAAAUCACAAGUGGCUUCAAAUCCAAUGCGCUGUUUUAAACUCAAACUAAAGAAUAGGACAACUUUUUUUUUUUUUUUUUAAUGAUUCCUUUUGCUAUAUUUUGUGGCUUUGCUCCACGGGAAUGCAGUUCGAAACAAAAAUCCAUCAGGUGAGCAAGUCCAAGCAUGCAACAGCUAUUUUUCUUUCCGCUUUCUGACUCAGUGAAGUGCAAACUCGAGAUAGGCUGCAUCAAAAACGGUACUUCCGACCCCCAAUCGAACAGGACAAAAAUCAAAAGGCAAACUGACAGCGGACACUCGCUUUUAAGUUGUCAAGGAUGUGAAUGACGGAUUCCAGCGUUUUUCUACUUGAGUUCCCAAAAUUAGCCGCUAAAGUUGCUAAUCGCCACCGAAAAAUGAUGACUGCCUCUUGACUCUAGCACGUAGCGUUAGCCCGAGCGAGAUGUCUUGUCUGAAAAAAGUUGGGAUCAACUUGUUUUUCGCGUGACCCAAACACCGCCGUGACCACGGCGACUCGCCGCUUGCCUCGUAGACAUUCAAAAGUGUCCAAAAGUGAGCAUCAAGCGGUUUGUUCUUACCUGAUGCUGUAAUAACUCAUGUUUAUCCGCGGUUGCUAGGGACGAUCUUCGUGCGGACGUUUUUGGCCCAGGAGCAACGACGUCCCUAGUUACCGCACGCUCAAGCAACGAGCGUCGCUAUUGGUCGACGCCUGAGGCGGGCCGCUCGUGAUUGGUGGAUUUCACGGAAGGGGGCGGGAGUACUUUGUGUGCAUUGUUUUCGUCGUGUUUUGAGGUUCUCAGUCACAAAGUCAACGUUUUGACGCCAUUGGACAAAUUAAAGGUUUGCUGCUGAAUUUA